UGUUUUGUCUUUGAUAUAUUCUCAUUGAAAUCUCAAGUGUACUGUGGAGCGAAAAAUCUGCUUUUGUGAGUGUUCAAAUGGAGCAAACCAACAACAAGAAGCCCUCGUCUUUACCCACCAACUACGUCACCAUUCUCGAGCUCAAAGAGCGCUGGCUCAAAGAGAAGGAACGACAACGAGAUGAGGAGGAACGACAACGAAAGGAGAAGGAACAAGAAGAAGAGGAGCUCCGACAGCAAAAGCUCCGAGAAGAGCAGGCAAAGCAACAGAAGCAAAACGCCGUCGUUCUGAAAACCCGAACCGAUUCCAGACCUACGAAUCGCAGUAAUCAGACACAGUUUCGGCCAGUGAAUCGGAGGAGUGUUUCGGAGUGCAAGGGUGCUGAGCUGGAGGGGAAAAAGCAACCCGUCGUGCAGAAAACCGAAGCCCAUUUCGAGCCUAGGAAUCGCAGUAAUCGGACACAGUUUGGGCCGGUUAAUUUGAGUGUUUCGGAGCGCGAGGGUGCUGAGCUAAAGCAACCCGUCGUACAGAAAACCGAAGCCGAUUUCAAGCCUAGGAAUCGCAGUGAUCGGACACAGUUUGGGCCGGUUAAUCGGAGUGUUUCGGAGUGCGAGGGUGCUGAGCUGGAGGGGAAAAAGCAACCCGUCGUACAGAAAACCGAAGCCGAUUUCAAGCCUAGGAAUCGCAAUGAUCGGACACAGUUUGGGCCGGUUAAUCGGAGUGUUUCGGAGUGCGAGGGUGCUGAGCUGGAGGGUAAAAAGCAACCCGUCGUACAGAAAACCGAAGCCGAUUUCAAGCCUAGGAAUCGCAAUGAUCGGACACAGUUUGGGCCGGUUAAUCGGAGUGUUUCGGAGGGCGAGGAUGCUGAGCUGGAGGGGGAAAAGCAACCCGUCGGACAGAAAACUGAAGCCGAUUUCCAGCCUAGGAAUCGCAGUGGUCGGACACAGUUUGGGCCGGUUAAUCAGACUGUUUCGGAAUGCGAGGGUGCUGAGCUGGAGAGGAAGAAAAGCGAGGAACCAGAGGAGAAGAAGGUAUGGAAGAAGAAGAAUAAGUGGAGGAAGAAUAAGUGGAGGAAGAAUAAGAAGGAUGUUAGGGCAGAGAAAGAGGAAGUGGCUGAGAAGGUAUGUAUAGCAGACGUGCCUCAAUCGAGUUGCGAGAAGGGAGACGAUCAGGCAACAGGGAAGGAAGAAAAGAGACCUGAAAUCGAAAUUAGGGCAAAGAGCGAGAAUGUGGUUCCGACUGCGGAGAUUGUGCCGAAAUUUAGGGAUUUAUCGGUGAAUGGUGAGACUGGAAAAGGGGAUGAUGAGUUGAAGAGACCAAGAAUAGUUGAUCGCCGUGGUAAUGGAGGAAUUAGGGGUUAUUAUGAGAGGCCUGAUCGCUUUGAUAUGCAGAAACAGAGAGGUUAUGCUGGGAGGGUUUGGGUUAAGAAAGGAGAGGUUGCUGAUGACAAAGGCGGUGGAGUUCAACAAAGCUUGGAGCGCAAUGAUGUCAUUUAUGGUCAAAUUGGAACGUCUUCGAAUGCAAGUUCACUGAAAUUCGCCGGAGGGAUGAGCAGGAAUAAUCCAAGACGAUGGUGGCAAAGCAAACAUGAACCAAAGUGUUUAUAGUUGAUGUUGACUUGUAAAGAUGCACCGGAACAUGCAUGUUUCCGUUUGAUCAUGAAUCUGAUCAAAAUUCGGAUAUUUUUACUUGAUGUGCUUGAUUCACCUAAUCGUGAUUUGGGCAUUGAAACUUGAUGUAUAAAGGAUGUUGAUGCUCUGUUUCAAAAUAUGUGUAGGAUAUUUCAUGACUUUCAUCAUUCUGCA